AUGGCUGCUCCAUCUGUGCUGCUGAAGCUCCUCGAGUCACUCCAGGAGGUGUGGGAAGAAAGUAGUUGGAGCAGUAAGUGGGGUGGAGUUGGAUUCGGGGUAAUGGGCGAGCAAGGGGCAGAGAGCAUUCAUGCCGAAUUCAACAAGAUAGAGCAAAGGCACCGAAACCAGCGCCACGCCCGCGUGGAGAGGCUCGACGGGUAG